UCUCUCUCUCUCUCUCUCUCUCUCUCUCUCUCUCAAAUAUCUCUCACCACCACAAACACAAUUAAGAAAUCAAAUUUAAGCAAGCAAAGAAAAAUGGAAGGAGAAAUACCCAAUUUCAUCAUGGUAUGGAUCUUAGCUGUGGCUUCACUGUCCUACUGUCACACCAUAGGUAAGCUCACUUCUCCUGGUUUAACCAGGCUCCUUGCCAUACUUCCAGUCAUAUCUUUCUUCUUCUUCCUUCCUCUCAAUCUCACCUCCAUUUGCCUUGGAGGCCCUUCCUCUUUCUUUCUUGCCUGGCUUGCCAACUUCAAGCUCCUACUCUUUGCCUAUGGCAAAGGCCCUCUCUCCACCACCCCACCCAUCUGCAUCUCCCAUUUCAUCCCCUUGGCUUGCCUUCCAAUCAAAUUCCGAAAAGUUGAGAACAAAAUAAAAUCAGGCCCUUCAACAUCUGCCCCAAAAGGCCAGAAAUCUCCUCUUAACUAUGCGAUCAAAGCUUUGAUCCUUGCCACAUCUCUACACGUUUUCCACAACAAACAAUAUAUCCACCCAAAAAUCAUACUCUUCCUCUACUCAAUCUACAUGUACACUGGCCUUGAACUUGUCAUGGCAUUAGUUGCGUCCUUGGCUCAAGCCUUCCUCGGUGUGGAUUUCGAGCCGCAGUUCGACGAGCCUUACCUGGCCACGUCACUCCAGGACUUCUGGGGACGAAGGUGGAACAUCAUGGUCAGUAGAAUCCUGCACCCUACCGUAUACGACCCCGUCCGGAGCAUCUCCAGACGCGUGAUCGGGAACAGAUGGGCUCCGCUGCCAGCUGUGCUCGCGUCCUUUUUCGUGUCGGCGGUGAUGCAUGAGCUGAUCUUCUAUUACAUUGGACGAACGAAGCCCACGUGGGAGCUCACGUGCUUCUUUCUACUCCACGGGGUGUGUUUGGCCGUUGAGAUUAUGCUCAAGCAGGCGUUUGCGGGUAAAUGGCGGUUGCCUGCCGCUGUGUCGGGGCCAUUAGCAAUGAUGUUUGUGGGGGUGACGGGGCUGUGGCUGUUUUUGCCGUCUCUGUUGGUGCGGUGUGAAGCGGACGUGAUGGCAUACAGAGAGUAUCUGGCUUUCACGGAGUUUAUGAAAAAUGUUAGCAACUUUGUUAAAGCCAAUUCUGUCUUAAAUCAGUAGAGUAUUGCACUUUCAUUAUUGUAGGGGAUUAAUUAGUAUAACACAGAGCAAUAAUCCCAGUAUUAUUAAAUAAAAAAAGAUCAAAAUUGCAAAUUAAACUUUACGUUAUUUGUGUUGUGUGCAUCAAUGAAAGCAUUUUCUUCCCGUGGCUA